CUGCUUCCCUGUCUGUAAACAUACGCGUUUGAUUUACGAAAGCUGUUUAGUAUUUUCCAGGUCUAAAUCGGUUCUAUAUUUUUACAUUCAGCUCUGUUUGUCAAAGUAAUAUGAAACAAUGACCUUUGUGUAAAUGUUUUUAGGUUUUUUCUCUCUCAAGGAAAAACACGACGCGAUUUUAGCGUUUUGCCGCUUUUAGUGCGACAAGCUAACGUUAGCUGCUUUGACUGAGAUCAUGGAUGACGAUGACGUAUCCAUGCAUAGGCUUGAAGGGACAGAACCUCAGGCUCAAGUUGGAGGUCUGAUAGUAAAGAAAAAGAGUGCUGCUUCAGAGCCUCAUGUUUUCCGGGCACCUACACCACGCACCUCUCUGCUGGGCUUGGACCUGCUGGCUGCUCAGAAAAGAAAGGAGCGUGAGAUUAGAGAACAAGAAGAGUCUAAUGGGGAUGAAAAAAAUAGAAAGAGGUCAAAAGUUUCCUCCUACAAAGACUGGGAAGAAAAUAAAAGUGACUCUGGAUCUGAUGAGGAGGACGAUGAUACAAGUACAGCCACUAAAAAGGAGAGUAGGAAGUACCGCGUCACAGGCUCUGAGACUCCCUCCAACCCAGGAGGUGUCAGCGAAGAGUUCAAACGCCGACAUGAGCAGCGAGAGAAAGACCGGCGUGAACAUGGAGUUUACGCCUCCUCUAAGGAGGACAAGAACAAAGAGAGAGAAAGGAGCAGAGAUAAAGGAAGGGAGCAACGGAGUGAGAGAGAUGAUCGAGACAGCAGACACAGUCGGGGCAACAGCAGCAGCCGGUCGGAGCGCGGGGAACGCAGUGAGAGGAGCGAGCGCUCCCAGCGAGAUGGCUGGUCUGAACGCAUCAGCAGAGGGACUAAGAGAGAUGAACCUGCAACACCCCAGCAACGUCCCCGAGACGCCUUUACACCUUCCCGAUCAAACUGGGAUGAAGACGACAGCGGCUAUGGGAGUUCAAGGCACUCCCAGUGGGAGUCUCCAUCCCCUGCCCCGUCUCAAAGAGAUUCAGAUCGGUCUGAAAGAAGCUAUCGGACAGGGAGAGAGAGUGAGAGGAGGGAUAGAUCUGUCAGAGGGCGUUACACUGACAACACACCCCUGCCCACCCCCUCCUACAAAUACAAUGAGUGGGCCAAUGAUAGAAAGCAUUUAGGCUCCACUCCACGUUUGUCACAAGGAAAAGGCAAAAAAGAAGAGGGAGGAAUGAUGUUUGAUGAUCAAGAAGAGAAAGAACAGUGGGAGGAGGACCAAAAGCAAGCCGACAGAGACUGGUACAUGAUGGACGAAGGCUACGAUGAGUUCCACAACCCUUUCACCUCGACCUCUGACGAAUAUGUGAAGAAGAGAGAGCAGAUCCUUCAGAAGCAGACUCAGAAAAGAAUAUCUGCACAGAAGCGGCAAAUCAACGAGGAUAAUGAGCGUUGGGAGACCAACCGUAUGUUGACCAGUGGUGUGGUGCAAAGGCUUGAGGUGGAUGAAGACUUUGAGGAAGACAAUGCAGCUAAAGUCCAUCUGCUGGUUCACAAUCUGGUUCCUCCUUUCCUGGAUGGAAGGAUCGUCUUCACUAAGCAGCCAGAACCCAUUGUUCCUGUGAAGGACCCCACCUCUGACAUGGCCAUUAUCUCUCGAAAGGGAAGCCAACUUGUUCGCAAACAUCGUGAGCAAAAGGAACGCAAGAAGGCACAGCACAAACACUGGGAAUUGGCAGGCACCAAGUUAGGUGACAUAAUGGGCAUCAAGAAGAAAGAGGAGGAAGAACCUGGCGGCAAAGUGGUGGGAGAAGAUGGCAAAGUGGACUACAGGGCUGAUCAGAAAUUUGCUGAGCACAUGAAGGAGAAGAGUGAAGCCAGCAGUGACUUUGCUAAGAAGAAGAGUAUCCUGGAGCAGAGACAGUACUUGCCCAUCUUUGCUGUUAGGCAGCAACUUCUAAACAUCAUAAGGGACAACAGCAUAGUCAUUGUUGUAGGAGAAACCGGGAGCGGUAAGACCACCCAGCUGACCCAGUACCUCCAUGAGGAUGGUUACACUCGCUACGGGAUGGUGGGUUGUACUCAGCCCCGAAGAGUGGCAGCCAUGAGUGUGGCCAAAAGAGUCAGCGAGGAGAUUGGCACCAACCUCGGAGAGGAGGUCGGAUACGCAAUCCGUUUUGAGGACUGCACUUCAGAGAAAACCAUGAUAAAGUACAUGACUGAUGGUAUUCUGCUCAGGGAGUCUCUGAGGGAGUCAGACCUGGACCACUACAGUGCUGUUAUCAUGGACGAAGCUCAUGAGCGUUCCCUCAAUACAGAUGUUCUGUUCGGGCUGCUACGGGAGGUUGUAGCUCGACGGACUGACCUAAAGCUCAUUGUGACCUCUGCCACUAUGGACUCGGACAAAUUUGCAGCCUUUUUUGGCAAUGUGCCUAUUUUCCACAUUCCAGGAAGGACAUUUCCAGUAGACAUAUUGUUCAGCAAGACCCCACAGGAGGAUUACGUGGAGGCAGCAGUGAAGCAGGCACUCCAGAUCCACCUCAGUGGGAUGGUGGGAGACAUUUUGAUCUUUAUGCCUGGACAGGAAGAUAUUGAGGUAACAUCAGAUCAGAUUGUAGAGCGUUUGGAAGACUUGGAGAACGCUCCUCCUCUGGCUGUGCUGCCCAUUUACUCACAACUUCCAUCUGAUCUCCAAGCUAAGAUCUUCCAGAAGGCUCCAGAUGGUGUUAGAAAAUGUAUUGUUGCCACAAACAUCGCAGAGACAUCCCUCACCGUGGAUGGGAUCAUGUUUGUUGUGGAUUCAGGGUAUUGUAAACUUAAGGUUUUCAAUCCUCGCAUUGGUAUGGAUGCUCUCCAGGUUUAUCCCAUCAGUCAGGCAAAUGCCAACCAGCGAUCUGGCAGAGCAGGACGUACAGGACCAGGCCAGUGUUACAGGCUUUACACUCAGAGUGCUUAUAAGAAUGAGAUGCUCACCACCACCAUACCAGAGAUCCAGAGAACGAACCUGGCCAAUGUAGUCCUGCUGCUGAAAUCUUUGGGUGUUCAGGACCUGCUCCUCUUCCACUUCAUGGAUCCACCACCUGAGGACAACAUGCUCAACUCCAUGUACCAGCUCUGGAUCCUGGGAGCUCUGGACAACACAGGUGCUCUGACCCCAACUGGGCGUCUGAUGGUGGAGUUUCCACUCGACCCCGCCCUCUCCAAGAUGCUGAUAGUGUCCUGUGACAUGGGGUGCAGUGCAGACAUUCUCAUCAUUGUCUCCAUGCUGUCAGUGCCAGCCAUUUUCUACAGACCUAAGGGUCGUGAGGAGGAAAGCGACCAGGUGAGGGAGAAGUUCUCAGUUCCUGAGAGCGACCACCUUACAUACCUUAAUGUCUACAUGCAGUGGAAAAACAACAACUAUUCCAGCAUUUGGUGCAACGAUCACUUCAUCCACACUAAGGCUAUGCGCAAGGUGCGUGAGGUCCGCUCCCAGUUAAAGGAUAUCAUGGUUCAACAGAAGAUGAACCUAAUUUCCUGUGGCUCAGACUGGGACAUCAUUAGAAAGUGUAUCUGUGCUGCUUACUUCCACCAGGCAGCCAAGCUUAAGGGCAUUGGUGAAUAUGUGAACGUGAGGACAGGCAUGCCAUGUCACCUCCAUCCAACCAGCUCCCUCUUUGGUAUGGGCUACACGCCAGACUACAUCAUCUACCACGAGCUUGUAAUGACCACAAAGGAGUACAUGCAGUGUGUUACUGCUGUGGAUGGAGAAUGGUUAGCAGAGCUCGGCCCGAUGUUUUACAGCAUCAAACAUGCAGGAAAAAGCAGACAGGAGAAUCGUCGGCGAGCCAAGGAGGAGCUGACCAACAUGGAGCAGGAGAUGGUCCUAGCUCAGGAGCAGCUGAGAGCACGUCGAGAGGAGCAGGAGAGGAAGAGCAACACCAGCAGUGUGAGGGCAGUGAAAAUCUGCACCCCAGGAAGGAAAGAGGAGGCCCCCAUGACACCCAGACGCACCCCGGCUCGCUUCGGAUUGUGAAAACCCACCUUAGCGUCUUAGAAACACAGCGAUCCAAACCUGAAUCACAUCGGCAGAACACAAAACAUUUCACUCAUCUGCUCCCUUCGGUCUCCUCUGCAGUUCACCUACAGGCCACUAGAGUGAGAACUUGUAUAAGGCUUGUAUAAAUCUUGAAGAGCUCAUCAGCAGCCACUACCAGCCUCCUAUGCAUAAAAAAAGACCCCAUGGUUUUAUUUUCUUUGUCUUUUUGUAUAUUCUGUAGUUGCAUUUGCCUUCUUGACAAAACAAUAAUUUUACAUUCGAUGGGAAAUUUGACCUUUUUUUUGUUCUAUUGUCAGAGACCAACUAAAGAAAGAAAAACAAUUCAAUGUUGCUGCUUUGUGUCUGUUAAUAGUUGUUAGUAGUGUGUUGGGCUGAACAGUGUGCAUUACCUUGAAGGGCUUCUCUUCAGACUGAAGUACUCAAACUGUACUUGUGACAUAAGUGUACAGAUAUACAGUUGGAAUGCAAUGCACACAAUUGCUUUGAUAUUUGACCAUUUUUACUUUGUGUAGAUCCUGUUCCAACUCGGUAAUGUGGUUUGCAGCAUUGGUAACGGAACCUCGUCAUAUUACCUGUUACAGUAUCAUAGACUAUACUCUGUUUUUAUUGUUUUAGCAUUCUUAGACUGAAAAUGAAGCCCUUUUUUGAUGCAUUUAAGGAAAUACAAAAAAAGUCUGAUUUUUCAGUAUUUGACCUGUCAGUGAUCAAUCAGAAAUGAUCAAAGAAAGACCAUUUAAUGUCGAACUCUGGCCAAUUGAUUGCUGCAUCUCUAGCUGGAAUAUCAAACAUCUGCAGAUAAACUGUAAACAGUGUAGUUCUCUUGACUCACAUGCCAACCUCUAACAUUUGAUGUAGAUUUAAAAAAAAUAAACAUUGUCUAUCCUUUUUUUUAAGAAGAUCAUUUCAUUUGAUACUGUAGGAUCUUCUUUUGUUAAAUCAAUGUUUGAUUUAUACAUGCACAUUUAGGUUGGUUUUUCAAUGGCACAAAUGAUUGCUUAAUAAGUGAAAGCGAUGGAAAAUGAGGCUAUAAAUUGUCUAGUUGCAGGUUCAGUGAUUUAUUUUUACAGAUGCAUAAGCAAGAGUAAACAAUGGUGUGUGAUUAAUUUACAAGUUCACAGCUGAGCAUGUGCAAGCAAGCCAAUAACAGAACCAUUCUCUUCAGCCACAACCUUAAUUAAGCAGUGGAGAAAAUAAAGAUGGAUACAUUGUGGAUAAAGAUCAGUUGGGAAGCUGCUUGGAUUAAAAUAAAUGGAUUUUACCAAACCAAGGCAUACAUUAGAAAAUGCCAAAAACGGAUCCUUAAGCCUUCUUCGACUUCUGUUUUGUUACUGACUCCUAAAAUACACUUUUUGAACAGACCAACAUUUGAAUACAAAAAUAAAUAAAAAAUGUAGAUUAAUAGUUACCUAAACCUAGUAGUAAAAUCAACUUUUAAAACUUUAUUGCUCUUAGGAUCUUGUUCCAUUGACAACCAUUAUCUAAAUAAGGUCUUGUUUUUACAAAGCAAAUACAGAUCCACAGUAUUAA